CAAAUCGAGAGAAGUUUCACUGCCAUCGUUUAGCCAAAGCGCAUUAUGUAUUGUUUUCUGAAUUCCUUUCAAUUACAGAGUCCCACUUACGGCAUUGCGGUGAGCACACUGCCAACCAUGCACAAGCCAGUUAAGAGUGUCGCACCCAUCACACAGCAGCCACAGGCAAGUCGCGAGCCCAAGACGACCACACUCACGGUGCCAUCGAAGCUCCCAACACCUUCCAUUGCGGUCACGCCGAGUUUGUCGGUGACCAAGGAAAUCUCACCUAAGAAAUCGCCUGGCACCAGCAAACGCAUCGUACAGGAACUACCACCCUCAGCAGCACGCGAUGGGCGACGCAGCUCUGAUGUGCAGUCGACGCGUGCCAUCACAAACGCAGACGUCAAAUUUACAAAUAACCACACCGAUGUCUCAGAGUGCAGCACAAAUACAGAUGAAUAUGCCACUUGCACCGAUACAUCGAAGCGCACGCCAGGUAUUAAGACACCACCAACAACAACAACAAGCUCAUCAUCGACAACACAAGUACCAGGUUUGGUGGCGCAAAGUGUCUACAAAAAUACAUAGAACACCCAAAAAA